GAAGUGCAUGACUACCAACCAUGUUAUGAAGAGUUUCGCUUUACCUACUUGCCACACGUUUGGAGCUGAGACUGAGUGCUGUCACGGUUUUUGCGUACUUAAAUACUUAAAUGCAUUCGUAUCUCUCAAAGGAACAGAGGGAAAGUUAUCUGAGAGAGCUCUUUUACUCGUCCUUUAGCGAUAGAAGAGCGAGUGUAGCUACGAGGAAUGAAGAAAUUCAGUGCCUUGGUAAACAUUUGAGGAAGCUCUACAAUCUGGUGGAAAAUGGCAAAGGACUUUCUGCAGAGGCAGAAUGCAUUCUUAAAGAAGUCAUCAAGCUCCGUACGAAGGGCAAACCUGGUUUCUACGAAACAAAAAUGAUGACUGACUACAAAAGGCUCUUGCUCUUUCGCGGACAGCGAGAGGACAUGGAGAGAAAUAUUCAAGAACAGCAGUGUUUCCAGUGUAUCCACAACAACAAGAAGCCUUUAGCUGAUUUACAUGAUGACGAUUGGUAUUGGGGAACGAAACAACAGUUGAGAUGUGGAGAGAUCAUUGCAGACACGCUUGGUGGCCUUGACCCAGUGUUCGGUGUUCUUUUGCAUCCUACAGGAGGAAGAUCAGAACUCGCAAACCCAAACAACAAACAUUAUCGAAUCACAGGAAAAGAGAAAGAAGAAAUAGACGCCAUUCUGUAUCACACUGCAACUCAUGACGCCUGUGGCUACCUGAGCGAGUAUCAUUAUGUUGGGCCUGGAUACAACUACCUCGGUACCAUGCUAACCGUCUUUCCGACAUGCAUUCCGCAGAGCGGAAGGCUGGCUUCCCUUAUGUUCUGGAAAAAGUUGAUAAAUGAACCGGACACCCCGUUUGAGUAUUGAAAAGAGUCCUAUCCAUUUUGCAUGAUCACUGAACAUACAUUCCAGAGUACUCUCCUUGGCAGCUGUUGUUUGAGAUGACAUACAACAUCCCCUCCGGAAAUAGGUGAAUUUAGCGCGAGGUGUCCUGUAGGAUUGGCCGAAAUGGAGAAAGGAACGAGGUUCGGAUGGAGCAGCCGUUUCUUGAUUUGAGGAACAUCCUAAACAAAGGCUUCAGAGGAGGCUAGUUCUCAGUAGUGAGACUAUGAUUCAUUGUAGCAAUGAUAUGGAGAUACUUUUGAUUGAAUGUCAAAAGUUGUGUGUUACGACUAGGCCGUGAAAACUCGUGUUUUCCUCGCCAUGAGGUUAUUAACAUGCGUUUACUUUGAGUUUUCGAUGACCUUUCGAAGCAAUUUCUUUUGUUCUAAUUGAUCAAUGGGAUUGAUUUGGUUUUGCUUUUCCCGCUCUCAAAUGAAAAGGGUUUUGAUUGUAUAAGAAUUAGAUCGCCUUGUACACACUUAUGCUGUAAUGGAUGUUUGGGUUGCUUGCUAAUUCAGCAAUUUUUCGGGGUCCGUCUAUAGUGGUGGCUUUACAAACUGGCCUUUCGGGAUUUUCCAGGAGUCCGUUGUCAGUUGGUUAUGAUCAGUUGAAUGCCCUUAUUUUUAACCAAUCAAAAGAACAUGAUUUAUUACAGAGUAUUUCGGGUAGCAUGAAUAGCUUGAGAGCGCUCAUGAAGUCGUAGACGUCGUUUUUUUCGGCGGUUUACAGGCGAGCUGAGGAAGCGCGACGUGAGCGCGAAGGAGCAUAAGAAUGACUCUGGUUUACAUAUCAUUGUUCGCACCGCUCCUGCGUUGUUUUCUGCGCUACUCUUCUCUCACUUGACCUACGCUAGCGAGCUUUCCUCGUUCUUGUGUCCGCUUGACUAACAUAAUAUAAAACAAAAUUACGUCUCUUCUGCUCGCGAAUGGAGGAGGGGAUGGGGAGUAACGGUUUCUUUUUAAUUAAUCUUCUUACACAUUGAUUUUUUGAAACUUAACGUUGACGCUAGAACGAAACAAAUGAUGGGGGGUGGGCGAUCUUUUUAGUUGCAAAGCCUCAUAAUGAAGGCGAAAGAAGUUGAAAGGUUGGUUUGAUAAAAAUAUUCAACCCAACGGCUUUUUUAUAAGAGGACAUAUCUUCUGAUCAGCUCUUGAUCUGACUGGUCCCGACUAGGUUAUAAUGAUUGUAUUUCUUAUUUUGUCGAAUGACAAUGUCAGUCAAUGCUUAGAAUUUAAGCGUAGGAUAUGUAUCAAAUAGAUAUUGAAUACGGUUGUAAUUUUCAGAGAUCAAAUUGAUCGCUUGCUGAUCUAGGAUUAUGGAAUGAAAGGAAAGUGAAAUGAUUUAUUUUAACAUUUGA